GCUGUCUCUAAGCCCAAUGCAUGUCACACAGUGUCAGUCAGUGUCGGUGUGGCGUCCCUCUGAAUCGGUGGCCCCAUUGUGACCAAACUGGUGGUGGGACUUUGUGAGUAGUGGUCGUUCGUAACCAAACUAGUGGUCGUACUUUGUGAGAAGUGGUCGUUCGAGAAGUGGUCGCCACGUCAUGGCUGAGGGCAUUCCUGUGGUUGAUAUGGGGAAGUUAGGGCUUGGCAGCGGCGAUUCCCCAGGGGAACAGGAACGACAAACAGUUGCCAAUGAAAUUGCCGAAGCCUUCAGGAACGUCGGUUUUGUUUACUUGAAAAACCACGGGAUCCCUAAACAAGUGAUCGAAGAGAUCUUCACAUCCUCGAAGGAGUUCUUUUCUCUGGACCAAGAAGUCAAAGCUCAGUACAAUCGAGGAGUGACAGAUAUCCAAGGCUACACGGAGGUGAACAGAGAGAGGCUGACCACUGGAAGGGACGCCAAGGAACUGAGAGAAAGCUACGACAUCCGCGGAGUGGACGGAAUGUUUCCAGAGGAGGUCCCCUUCCUGAAAUCGUCUGCUUCCAGAAUAAUCCAGUAUUGCGUUGACCUUUCCAGGCGUCUGCUGAGCCUCAUGGAAAUAGCCUUAGGUCUGGACCGAAACUACUUCGGUUCGUUGCACCAAAGGAUGUUCGGGGAGAACAACGCGACCUGCCUGAGGCUCCUUCAUUACCCUCCGCUGUCAGGGAAGGAUUACAAGGAAGGCCUUAUCAGGUGUGGGCAGCACACGGAUUACGGGACGUUCACGCUCCUUUUCCAAGACUCCAUGGGAGGUCUGGAGGUUUUGAAUCGAGCUGGAAAGUGGCUCCAUGCCGAUCCCAUACCAGACGCCAUCUUGGUGAACAUCGGGGAUCUGAUGCAGUUCUGGACGAAUGACGAAUUCGUGGCUACGGAACACCGAGUCCUAGUUCCCAAAGAAGAGAUAAGGCAGAGAUGUGCCAGGCAGUCAGUGGUCUGCUUCGUGCAUCCAGACGAUGAGGUUCUGAUUAAGCCCCUGAACAACUCUUCCAUGUACACCCCAGUCACUUCUAAAGAACACACAGACAGGAGAUUCCAUGAGACUUACGUCUACUGAACAACCGUGAACAUUCCAGCCACUUCCAAAGAACCUAUACUUACUUUUCAGGAGACCAAUGCUUACUAAUUCAUUUGUUCCAUGAAUAUUCCAGCCAUCUCUAAUUACCUUCAAUAAUUUUCCAGGAAACUUAUGUUUACUACUCCCGUUACUUUGUGAAUAUUCCAGCCACUUCCAAAGAACUCACACUCACGUUCCAGGAGACACAUGUCUAUUCAUCCCUUUGCUCUAUGAGCAUUCCAGCUACUUCCAAACAACCUACACUCACUUUCCAGAACCAUGUUUACUAAUCCAUUUGCUCCAUGAAUAUUCCAGCCACCUCUAAAUAACCCACAAUAACUUUCCAAGAGACACAUGUUUACUAAUCUCUUUGCUCUAUGAAUAUCCCAGACACUUCCAAAGAACUUACACUCACGUUCCAGGAGACCCCUGUUUACUAAUCCCUUUGCUCUAUGGAUAUUUCAGCCACUUACAAAAAACUUACACUUACUUUCCAAGAGAUCUAUCUAUCCAGUUCUGGGAGACUUAGAUGCACUUUUCCAUCAACCACGUACAUUCCAGAAGCUUCUAAAGAAUUCUAAAAGAGUAAAUGUGAAAAGACUUACGUUUAACACAAUAUCUUUGAUGCGCUUUCCAAUUACUUCCAAAAAAAUGUAUCCACUCAUUCCAGACGACUCACAUUUAUUGGUACAUCCUCCAUCAACAUUCCAUAGACCAAGAAACUUAUAUUCACUAAGCCAUCUUACAUGGAUAUUAUUCCAGCUACUUCCAAAAAUCAUAUAUCUAGAUUUCAGGAUACUAAAACAAUUCAACUCAUUCCAUAUACUUUCCAGCUAUUUACACAACGUACACCCAGAUUUCAGGAGGCUUAAUUUCGCUACACUAGCUUCCACUACUUUGCAGGGGCUUCUAAAAAAACAUACAGACCAGAGAUUUAAGGCAGUUCAAUUUACUUUUCCAUUGUUUCAACUCACCAAGGUUUCUGGAACUUACAUUUAUUUCCUCAUUCAUCUCCCAUGUACAUUCCCGUGGCUUCCAAAAAAAUCCACACACCUUGGAGGUUCCAGGGGAUUUAUGUUUGCUUAGUCUAUACAAAAGCCACUUUCUACGCUGGAAUUGUUUAAUUGUUUAAACAAUUGUUUAAACCAUUGUUUAAUUGUUUAAAGCUUAUUACCUGUAAUCCUAAAAAAUUGUUAAUGAAAAUUGAAAAUAAUAAAUAUUCUUAAUUA